AUGAUUUAUGUUACUUUGUAUUUGUCAAUGACAUGCUAUCAACCUAAUUACUUCUAUCUAUCUAUCUAUCUAAUUAUUUUCAUAUCUAUCUCAUUCUCAUCAUAUGUAUCCAUCUAUCUAUCUAAUUCUCUAUCUAUCUAUCUCAUUCUGUUCAGAUAUAUCUAUCCAUUCUGUUCUAUCUCAUUCUUUUUUCAUAUCUAUCUUUCUAUCUAUCUAUCUAUCUAUCUAUCUAUCUAUCUUCUGUGUAGAUAUAUCUAUCUAUCUAUCUAUUUCUAUCUAUCUAUCUAUAUUUAUUUCAUUCUGUUCAUAUCUAUCUCAUUCUUUUCAUAUCUAUCCAUUUCUCUAAUUAUCUCUUUCUUUUCAUAUCUAUCUAUCUAUCUAUCUAUCUAUCUAUCUAUCUAUCUAUCUAAUUGUGUUUAUAUCUAUCUAUCUAUCUAUCUAUCUAUCUCAUUCUGUUCAUAUCUAUCUCUCAUUCUUUUCAUAUGUAUAUAUUUAUCUCAUUCUGUUCAUAUCUAUCUAUCUCAUUUUUUUCACAUCUAUGUCUCUAAUUAUCUCAUUCUUUUCAUAUCUAUCUAUCUAUCUAUCUAUCUAUCUAUCUAUCUAUCUAUCUAUCUCAUUUUCAUAUUUAUCUCAUUCUGUUCAUAUCUAUCUAUCUAUCUAUCUAUCUUAUUCUGUUCAUAUCUAUAUAUUUUUCUCAUUCUGUUCAUAUCUAUCUAUUCCUCUAUCUCAUUUUUUCAUAUCUAUCUAUCUAUCUAUCUAUCUAUCUAUCUAUCUAUCUAUCUAUCUCAUUCAUCUGUUCAUAUUUAUCUCAUUUAUUUCUAUCUAUUGUGUUCAUCUAUCUAUAUCUAUCUCUUUCAUCUAUCUCAUUCUGUUCAUAUAUAUUCUUUUGUGUUCUAUCUAUCUAUCUAUCUAUCUAUCUAUCUAUCUAUCUAUCUAUCUAUCUAUCUAUCUAUAUUCCCACAUUUUAUUUCCCUCUGCGUACACCUGUGCACAAUAAUCUUACUAUCUAUGUAA